GUCGUGUUUGGUAACAGAGUUUAUUCUAUUCCUCCUCCCGUAUUCGUGGCUCAUAAACUCAACACUAACCACUUCCAUUUCUCCAAAAGAAUAAAAAUGGCUCUCCGAUCUGUCAAAGCUCCGACCUCCAUACCUCCCGGCGUCAUCGUCUCCUCCUCAGUUAUCAACAAGCCACACUCUCUCGGAUUCGCCUCCACACCGACGGCAUCACUCGCCGUCCGUUCCAAUCUCAAACUCAAACCAGCUUCUCCCCGCGCCGCGAAAUUCCGAUGCUCCGCGGCGUCGUCGUCGUCGGCGCUCACGCCGCAGCUGAGAGACACGCUGGAGAAGCUGGUGAACUCGGAGAAAGUGGUGCUGUUCAUGAAAGGGACGAGGGACUUUCCGAUGUGCGGAUUCUCGAACACGGUGGUGCAGAUCCUGAAGAGUCUGAACGUGUCUUUCGAAGAUGUGAACAUUCUCGAGAACGAGAUGGUGAGGCAAGGGUUGAAAGAGUACUCGAGUUGGCCGACGUUUCCUCAGCUUUACAUCGACGGUGAGUUUUUCGGGGGUUGUGAUAUUACUCUCGAGGCGUUUCAGAGUGGAGAGUUGCAGGAAGCUGUCGAAAAAGCUAUGUGCUCUUGAAAGUUGAUCUUAUCUCUAUGUCAUGAGCGAAAGUCUUCUUGAUGUUUUUUUUAUGGCUGGUAACAUUAAGAGACAUGUUGUAUGAUGGAACUAUGGUUAUAGAACAACUACGUUUCUGAAAAAUGUAUACUUUACUGUCUUGAGUCUCUUUAUUGAUUUUGAUCUUUUUGCUUGGGUGUGUGUUUUUCUUCAUUUGUGUUGUUGAGGUGUUCAUGUUACAAAAGAGAAUCAUGGGUUGUUCUGCUCA